CCUCCCCCUCUUAUCCCCUCGCGGCCUCCUCCUCCCCCUUCCGCCGCUCCACCACCGUCUCCGUCUCCGCGCCGCUCCCCCUCUUCGGAUAGGGUUAGGGCUCCCUCCCCCCGCGCGCGCCAUGGCCUCCUUCACCUGCUCCCAGGUCGGCGCGGCGGCCGCGGGCGGCGCCUCGCCCUUCCUCUUCUCCCGGCGGGGGAGCAGCGGCGGGCCCGGGGGAGCCAGCUCCCCCUUCGUGGGCCGGCGGCUGGCGGCGGUGCGGAUGCGCGCGCCCGCCCGCGGGGCCCGCGGGGGCGCCGCGCUGCGGGUCACCUGCGAGAAGGUGGUGGGGAUCGACCUCGGCACCACCAACUCCGCCGUCGCCGCCAUGGAGGGCGGCAAGCCCACCGUCGUCACCAACGCCGAGGGCGCGCGCACCACGCCCUCCGUCGUCGCCUACACCAAGACCGGGGAGCGCCUCGUCGGCCAGAUCGCCAAGCGCCAGGCCGUCGUCAACCCCGAGAACACCUUCUUCUCCGUCAAGAGGUUCAUCGGCCGCAAGAUGUCCGAGGUCGACGACGAGGCCAAGCAGGUCUCCUACGGCGUCGUCAAGGACGAGAACGGCAACGUCAAGCUCGACUGCCCCGCCAUCGGAAAGCAGUUCGCCGCAGAGGAGAUUUCCGCACAGGUUUUGCGGAAAUUGGUGGAUGAUGCCUCUAAGUUUCUUAAUGAGAAAAUUACAAAAGCAGUGGUCACAGUCCCAGCAUACUUCAAUGAUUCACAAAGGACAGCAACAAAAGAUGCUGGCCGUAUUGCAGGGCUGGAAGUUCUUCGUAUUAUAAAUGAACCAACUGCUGCAUCAUUGGCCUAUGGUUUCGAGAAGAAAAAUAAUGAAACAAUUCUAGUGUUUGACUUGGGAGGUGGUACCUUUGAUGUAUCUGUACUGGAGGUUGGAGAUGGUGUGUUUGAGGUGCUUUCCACAUCAGGUGACACACAUCUUGGCGGUGAUGACUUUGAUAAGAGAAUAGUAGACUGGCUUGCUAGCAACUUUAAGAAAGAUGAAGGCAUUGAUCUUUUGAAGGACAAACAAGCCCUUCAGCGGCUUACUGAGGCAGCAGAGAAAGCUAAGAUGGAACUGUCAACACUGACACAGGCAAACAUUAGCUUGCCGUUUAUUACUGCUACUGCUGAUGGGCCAAAACACAUUGAGGCAACCCUCUCCAGAGCCAAAUUUGAGGAACUAUGUUCAGACCUUAUCGACAGGCUUAAAACUCCUGUUAAUAAUGCUUUGAGAGAUGCCAAGUUGUCGGUCAGUGAUCUUGAUGAAGUGAUUCUUGUGGGUGGAUCCACCCGAAUCCCUGCAGUGCAAGAACUUGUGAGGAAGCUUACCGACAAGGAUCCCAAUGUUACAGUAAACCCUGAUGAGGUUGUUUCUCUUGGGGCAGCUGUGCAGGGUGGGGUUUUGGCGGGAGAUGUGAAAGAUGUCGUUCUUCUGGAUGUUACUCCAUUAUCUCUUGGUUUGGAGACAUUGGGUGGAGUCAUGACAAAGAUUAUCCCCAGGAAUACCACACUGCCCACCUCAAAAUCAGAGGUAUUCUCAACAGCUGCAGAUGGACAGACAAGUGUUGAGAUUAAUGUUCUCCAGGGAGAAAGAGAGUUUGUCAGGGACAACAAGUCUCUUGGAAGCUUCCGGUUGGAUGGAAUCCCUCCUGCACCUCGUGGUGUGCCACAAAUUGAAGUGAAGUUUGAUAUCGAUGCAAAUGGUAUUCUCUCAGUUGCAGCUAUUGAUAAGGGCACUGGGAAGAAACAGGACAUCACCAUCACUGGCGCUAGUACGCUACCGAAGGAUGAGGUUGAGAGAAUGGUGGAAGAAGCUGACAAGUUUGCCAAGGAGGAUAAAGAGAAGAGAGAUGCCAUUGACACCAAAAACCAGGCGGACUCCGUGGUCUACCAGACCGAGAAGCAACUGAAGGAGCUUGGUGACAAAGUCCCUGCUCCUGUGAAAGAGAAGGUGGAUGUGAAGCUCCAGGAGCUCAAAGAUGCCAUUUCUGGUGGAUCAACACAGAGCAUGAAGGACGCCAUGGCUGCUUUGAACCAGGAGGUGAUGCAGAUUGGGCAGGCGAUGUACAACCAGCCUGGUGCAGGUGCAGCCGGACCUACUCCUGAUGCUGAGGCUGGGCCUACGCCUGGUGCCGGACCAGCGAAGGGACCCAAUGAUGGGGAUGUCAUUGACGCGGACUUCACAGAUAGCAACUGAGGCGUGAUUGAUAGAACCGGCGAUGUGUUGAGCGUGGUGGCAGCAGGGAGUGGCAUCUUCUCUUUUUUGUCCUUUGAAACGUACUAUAGGCUAUCUAGUGUGAAACUGAUAGGGAUAGUGUUUUUGCAUACAUUGCUUGUGAUUUUGACUCGGGAUUAUCAGAAUGCUCUAUAAAGAUGACAGAAGGGCAAAAGGUUUUGAUGGAAA